AGGGAGCAGAGCGGAGUGAGCGGCUUGCCCCGGGCCGCGGUGAGUCAGCACGAGCUGAGCCGGGAGCAGGAAUUCCUGUGUCCCACCGUCCCUGCCGCUCUCGAGAUCGCCUGGCUGCAGGAGACGUGCCGGGGCGGCAAGCUCGGCGCCUGGGGCGGCCGUGGCCGGCAGGAGCAGAGGUGGCAGUGGCAACCGGAAGGGCAAGAGCAAGAAAUGGCGCCAGAUGCUGCAGUUUCCCCACAUCAGCCUGUGCGAGGAGCUCCGGCAGACUCUCGAGCGGGACUACCACAACCUGUGCGAGAAGCAGCCCAUCGGGCGUGCGCUGUUCCGGCAGUUUUGCGAGAUGCGGCCCGAGCUGUCACGCUGCGUCAGGUUCCUGGAUGCUGUGGCUGAGUACGAGGUGACGCCUGACGAGAAGCGCAGGGAGUGUGGGCAGCGCCUUAUCGAGAGUUUCCUGAGCCCUGAGAGCACGGACCAUGUGCCCGAGAUCCCCGCGCAGCUGGCGGGUGCAUGCUGCGAGAGGCUGGAGCAGGAGUCCUCCAAGGAGCUCUUCAAGGAGUCCACCAGGCUCAUCCACGACUACCUGAGCGUGGCUCCCUUCGCCGACUACCUUGAUAGCUUGUACUUCAGCCGCUUCCUGCAGUGGAAAUGGAUGGAAAGACAGCCCGUGACCAAAAACACCUUCCGGCAGUACCGUGUGCUGGGCAAGGGCGGCUUUGGUGAGGUGUGCGCCUGCCAGGUACGGGCCACGGGGAAGAUGUACGCCUGCAAGAAGCUGGAGAAGAAGCGCAUCAAGAAGCGGAAGGGGGAAGCCAUGGCCUUGAACGAGAAGCAGAUCCUGGAGCGAGUGAACAGUAGGUUUGUAGUGAGCCUGGCCUAUGCCUACGAGACGAAGGAUGCGCUGUGCUUGGUGCUUACGCUCAUGAACGGGGGUGACCUCAAGUUCCACAUCUACCACAUGGGCGAGGCCGGCUUCGCCGAGCCCCGCGCCACCUUCUACGCUGCCGAGAUCUGCUGUGGCCUGGCUGACCUGCACCAUGAGCGCAUCGUGUACCGGGACCUGAAGCCAGAAAACAUCUUGUUGGAUGACCACGGGCACAUCCGCAUCUCAGAUCUUGGCCUGGCAGUGCAUGUGCCUGAAGGGCAGACGAUCAAGGGUCGUGUGGGCACUGUGGGUUACAUGGCUCCCGAGGUGGUGAAGAACGAGCACUACACGUUCAGCCCAGACUGGUGGGCUCUGGGCUGCCUCGUGUACGAGAUGAUCGAGGGGCAGUCACCCUUCCAGCAGCGCAAGAGGAAGAUACGGCGGGAGGAGGUGGAGCGGCUGGUGAAGGAGGUGCCGGAGGAGUACUCGGAGAAGUUCUCACCCUGCGCCCGCUCCCUCUGCACCAUGCUCCUGUGCAAGGAUCCACUGGAGCGGCUGGGCUGCCGUGGCGAUGGAGCGCAGGAGGUGAAGGAGCAUCCUCUCUUCAGGCACCUUAACUUCAAGCGGCUGGAGGCGGGCAUGCUGGAGCCCCCGUUCAAGCCAGACCCCCAGGCCAUCUACUGCAAGGACGUGCUGGAUAUCGAGCAGUUCUCCACGGUGAAGGGAGUGGAGCUGGAGCCCACAGACAACGACUUCUACCAGAAGUUUGCCACAGGCAGCGUACCCAUCCCCUGGCAGAAUGAGAUGGUCGACACAGAGUGUUUCCAGGAGCUGAAUGUCUUCAACGCAGAUGGCUCAGUGCCCCCCGACCUGGACUGGAAGGGGCAGCCAUCCCCGCAGCCCAAGAAGGGCCUGCUCCAGCGUCUCUUUAGCAGACAGAGGUGAGCAGUAUCUCGGCUGCUCUGCUCAGGGAAAUGCCUGGUGGCCUAGACUCACCUGCGACAUGGCGAGACCGGGGAAGAGGAGCCUUGUCCUUCGUUCCCUUUCUGCCCCCACCAAGCAGAUGCCGCUUGUGUGUCUUAAUUGCCCCUCGAGCCACUAAUCCCCGCACGUCCCUGCGCUCGCUGCCUCGCUGGGCUGGGGGCUCUGCUGCCCACCCUCUGAGCCAGUUGCCCUGCCCCGGGACACCCGUGCAGGACGCCCUGCAUGGCCCCGUGCCCUGCAGAGGGGAAGCAGGCAGGGCUCAUAAGCUGUGAAGGGCUCAGUGAUCACCUGUGCCCCGAUUAUUCCCCAGGUGAGAUGGUGCCUGCAGGCUCCCAGCCCCAGCCCCAGCCCCAGCCCCAGGCCCAGGCUCUGUUCCCGCAGCCGACCUCAGCUGCCCGCUGCUCCUGUCCGGAGCGCAGCACGGGUGGCCUGGAGCUGCAGCCGCACUGCUGUCCUAGCUGCGCCCCCGCUGUGUGGGCUCUGUGUUGUGUGACCGUGCUCACCCUCUGCUUGCUCUGCUCCUCUCUUCCCCCCUUCCACUGCCCCUGCCUUCAGGCCUGCUGCGGGAACUGCAGCGACAGCGAGGAAGAGCCCACCCGGCUGUAGGGCCGCCUGUUCUCCGGCCUCGGGACCCUCUGGCGCCAGCGGUGCUGUGGGCUGAGCUGCCGCCCUGCGUUGGGCGUUCGCAGUUUGCACGCUGGCUGCAGACGCAGCUGCGGGCAGCGCCAUGCCCCUGCCUGGGGUGCCUGGACCCAGGGCCUCCAUGCAGCGGCCAGCGCGUCGUGGGACAUGGCUGCAGCGUGGAUGGCUCGUGCUGUCUCUGCUCCCCCCUGCUGUUGGGGCACUUGGAGGCCUUGCAGGAGCGGGCCAGGAACGUGGUCCAGAGGUGCUGGCGGCUCGACCACGUCAGCAGCUGUCUCUGUGGGUCGAGCCUGCCCCGUUCUGAACUUUCCCUGUGGGCUGCAGGCCCUGCCGUGCCUGCUCCGCCCGGGGACUAGCUGUGCGGGCUCUGCCUGCUGCUGCUGGUGCCUGGAUGCAUCGGGGUGGUGCCUUGGGCCUGUGAGCUGUGCCCUGGGGCCCCCAUGGAGCAACACAUCAGUGCCCCAGCGGGCGCAGGCAUCUCUGUGCACAUUCCCCCCAGGCCUCAGGCCCGGGAAGCUGCUAUGCCAAAGCAUUUGCCAAUAGAGCCGGGCAGUUGGAUGCCACGGCCUUACCCCUUCCCCCAGCCCGGGGGCCGCGACGGGCGCUGCCGUGCUGCGGCAGGUGCAGGCGCGGGGCCGCUCCGGCGUGGGCUGGCGGAGGACUGGGCCCAGGGCUGUGCGCUACCCCAGGGACGUGGUGAGAAGUGCCAGUGGCUGGGCAGGGGCUGCAAGCUGAGCUUGCGGCCUGUGCUGGCCUGAGGCCCUUGCUGCUGCCUCGCUGUGCCAAAGGCUCCCCUGGCAGCUGCUGCUGUCUCUGGGUCCUGGGGUGCCCUCACGCCCCUCCCGUGGAUGCCUGGCCUGGCCGUGGCACAUGCUGCCCCGCGGGCCCUGGGGGUCCUGCGCUUGCCUUGCACUGAUGUUGGAAUAUUUAAAUGUUUUUUUACCCUCA